GACAACUGUCCUUCUGCCUGUAACUUGAGGACACGCCCCUUCGCUGAAUGGCAUGGAUCGCGCCAUAACGUAAAGUUCUAUCUACGUAGGAUGAACAUUUACAUUUCGUAUUUUUUAUUAUAUAGCAUUUUACAUAAUAUAUAUUAUUGUACGUUUAAUGCAUGCAUAAACUAUGACGCGAGAAGAGGAGUUAAUUCGGAUUGCAAAAAAGCUGGACAAGAUGGUGUCUAGAAAUAACACGGAGGGUGCUCUGGACCUGCUGAAUGAACUGAAGAGCUUCAACAUGACGCUGAAACUUCUGCAGGAAACGAGGAUCGGCAUGUCUGUGAAUGGAAUCAGGAAGCACUGCACAGACGACGAGGUCGUUUCCCUGGCCAAGAUCCUCAUCAAGGACUGGAAGAGACUGCUGGAUGCUGCACGUACUCAGAGUACUGAGAGGCCCAAUGAGAUGAAGAAUGGGGUUGACUCCAACAAAUCCACAGCGUCUCCAGUCAGGUCCCCGUUAGAGAAAGACACCAGUCACAAGAGGCUGGAUGUUUCUGAUUCAGAUCCUGAAUCUGAAAAGGAAGAAUACUCUGACAAACGGCAAAAAGAGAAGCACAAUGUUGAACACAAAAAAGAUGAGAGAGCUGUUGACCUAAAAAAGGAGCGAAAUACAGAGGCAUUCAAAAACAAACGGCAUGCAGAACAAUCCAAAAAUGGAAAACAUACAGAAGAUGCCAGAAAAGAAAGACAUGUAGAACACUUAGAAGAACCCAAAAAGGAGAGACACUUCGAAAAAUCCAGAAAAGAAAGACAUGUACCUAUACAUGAAACAAAAAAUGAAAGACAUGUGCAAGAACCCAAGAAAAAAAGUUAUCUCGAAGAACCCAAAAAUGAGAGCCACACAGACGAACCCAGAAGGGAGCGUUUCGCAGAUGAACUGAGAAAGGAAAGACACACAGAGGAACGCAGAAAGGAGAUACCAAUGUACGAACCCCGACAAGAGAGACCUGUUGAAAACCACAGACGAGGGUUUGAGAGGAGAAGCGUCUUGGAUGAUCUUUACCCCGCUUGUUACUCUCCUCCUCGCCCCCCCCGACCACCCCGCCUUCCUCCCCCUGUCAGACGUAUGUCUGGGGAGGUGAAUAAAGGGGUGAAAAAAGAGGUGAAGAAGGAGAGAGAGAGGAGAGAUUCUUCAGACACUCUGUCUCCUUCUCAUCCUCGUCCCACCCCUCCGUCCAGACGUCCCUCAGUGAAGGGGAAGAAAGAGAGGAAAAAAGAUCCUCCUGACCCUAAUUCCCCGCUUCCUCCUCUUCAUCCUCAUCCUUCUAUGCCCACUGCAGCAGAGGUCAAGAAGGAGAGAAAAGAGCCUCUGCGGAUUUCUGUGGUUCGAAAAGAGCCUCCGGACCCCAAUGCUCCAUUUGCUCCUCUUCCUCUCCAUCUCCAUCCUCCCCCUCAUAUGAAGCGCCCGUCAGUGGAAGUCAAAAAGGAGAGAGAAGAGUCAUCAGAUUACAAACCCGUUUCUCUGAAGGUGACGCCCUCUGACCAUGUGAAAAAAGAUAGAAAAGACUCCGAUAGCAAAGUGCCCAAAAAAACAUCUGUUGAUGCCAAGAAAGAAAGAAAGGAUUUGUCAGAUUCCAAACCAAAACCUGCUAAAAGGCAGAGUCUGGACUCCUCAGAUUCCAAUCCAAAACGUUCUAAAAGGCCAAGUCUGGAUGGCAAGAAAGACAGAAAGGACUCCACUGACUCCAAGCCCAGCCAUUCUGUGAAACGUCAUUCGACUGACUCCAAAUCAGACAGGAGGGACUCUGUGGAUUCCAAGACUAGCAACUCACCCUCAGCUAAGAAGCUCUCUAGCGAGACGAAAGAAUUUCAUGGCUCCAAGUCCUCUCACCCUGGCCCUCUGCAGAGAAAGUCCUCAACGGACAGUAUUGAACGGAGAGGGAAACCAGAGAUGCCAAAGAUCCCCUCCACCCCCACCAGUCCCAUGUCCCCCUCCUUCAGCUCAGCAGGGGUUCCCCUGUCCCCUUGCCUUGCCACUGGAGAAACCAUCAGGGACAAGUGCAUCGAGAUGCUGGCUGCUGCUCUACGUACAGAUGACAACUUCAAAGAAUUUGGGACAAACUGUGACUCCAUGGCAGCAGAGAUUGAAGAUCAUAUUUACACAGAGAUGGGAUCCACAGAUAUGAAGUAUAAAAACAGGGUGCGGAGCCGCAUCAGCAACCUGAAGGACCCCAAAAACCCUGGACUGCGGAGGAACGUCCUGGCUGGAGGCAUCGAGCUGAGACGCUUCGCCAUCAUGUCUGCUGAGGAGAUGGCUAGUGAUGAGCUGAAGCAGCUCAGGAACAAUCUGACUAAGGAGGCCAUUAGGGAACACCAGCUGUCCAAAACCAGCGGUACCAUUUCUGACCUGUUUCAGUGCAGCAAGUGCAACAAAAAGAACUGCACCUACAACCAGAUGCAGACCCGCAGCGCUGAUGAGCCUAUGACUACUUUUGUUCUGUGUAACGAGUGCGGGAACCGCUGGAAGUUCUGCUGAUGUGGCCCAGCUCCAAUGACGAUGUUGCAGACCACAUUUUUCUAUGAAGGGUUAUAAUGUUUCGCAAUGAGUAAUUUUACAAAAAUGAAUACUUACGAUUUAUAAUUGACUUUUUAAGAUGGGCUCCCGAGUGGCGCAGCGGUCUAAGGCACUGCAUCUCAUUGCAAGAGGCGUCACUACAGUUCCUGGUUCAA